UUCUUCACAGCUUCAGCAGCCGCUCCUCAGCUUCUUCCCGACCUUUCCCCGGUCUCAACAAACGAGCCUCCUCGUUUGCUCGCUUUGCGUCGGGAGGGUAAGAAGGCUAACGAGGUCCGGACGGCUGUCGCCCUGCUGUUUCGGAAACUAUUUCCGAUUCUUAUUAUACUUCGAGGUCGCUUCUCUCGAAGGGACUCUCCAAUUUUCUAGCGGUGCUUUUCUCCUGAAGAUUCAGCACACGCCUCACACGGUCCUACACGCGUUGUAGCAGGAAUCACGCCCGUGUCUUCCUGCACAUACGUCUUCGUCUGAAUUGGCAUUUCUCGACCUUCUCUACAUCUCCCCCAACUUUUUGGCGACAAACAUGGCGGCUUCGAUCGUUGUCGCAGCAGGCCAGGCUGUCGCGAGCCGCGCGCCGCCUGCUGUUGUUAGCGCGUCGGGGAUGCAUUCCGGAGCGUCCGCAUCCUCAGAGCGCCCGUCCACCUUCGACGCCCCGCAGCUCCUCGGCAAAUCUCUCCCCAGCAGUGGCAAGCCUUCCGCCAACGGCGGAAUGUCCGCCAGCCGCGCGCGGAAGCUGUUCUUCCUCCGCGCCGCGCGCCCUCUCCUCCAGACAACAGCGCCGCUGAGGCGGUGGCAGCGCAACCGCGCCGUGUCGCAGAAGGAAUCGGACGAGAAGAAUAAAGACGCUGUGACUCUGACCGAGAUCAUCGACUCUAUGACUGCGAGACAAUCCCUUUCCCCUGGCAUGGACCCUCUUCCGCUCCACGCGCAAGACAACUCCUUCGUCGACGUAACCAGCGACGCAACCGACGCCGCCAAGUCCGCCCCGACAUUUCCCCAAUCACAGCAGCAGCAGCCGCUCUCCCCCGCGCUGAAUCCGGUCGACUGGGUGCUUCUUAAAGCGCAGGGGGUGCCCGUGCCGUCUUUCGAUUUCGAUAUCAAGUGGUCGUUCCCGUGGCCGCGCGACGGCGACAGCAGCAGCAGCAGCGGCACGCUCCCUCCCCCGGCGUCGCUCGCGUCGCUCGCGGAGCGCCGCGACGCGCUGAAGCAGGAGCUCGAGGUCCUGGAGCUGAUGCUGCGGCCGCAAUGCCCGUGGCCGCGCGACCCGCAUGCUUAUAUCGAGGAGGAGUGGGUCUUUUCCGAGGACGAGCUCGAGGUGGCGGACGAGGAGGAGGACGACGAUGUCGCGACGGCGUUUCUCGUGGAGGAGAGCGACGCGGAGAGCGACGAGGAGAUUAAAGUCGUCGAGGUGCUUCCCGCCGGCCCGCAUUGCGCGUGGCCGCGACCCACGGGUCGUGUCUCGUCACCCGCCAUGGACUCCGCCGCGUCCGCCGUGACUUCCGCCGCUAUCAGCGCCGAUGCAUUCGCCCGCUGCGCGUGGCCCCGCACCAACAACCAGUCAACUCUGGCCUCCGCGCUAUCUGCCGUUUCUGCCGCCUCCGCCAUUUCCGCCGUGUCUGCCGCUCCCGCUCCCGCCCCUGGCCCGCGCUGCGAGUGGCCCAGGAAGUCAUCUAAUCCGCUCGUCCCUGUCGCUGCGCCAUCGACUCCCGCCGCCCUCGGCGCAAGGUGCGCGUGGCCCCGCCCGGCGGCAUCUUCCUCCGCUGUUGCCGCCGUGAAGACCGCCCCUGCUCUUCACCUCCUCUCCACCGAACUUCCCGUGACUCCUGCUUUCAGCCAAGAGGCUUCCGCGCUCCCUCCUUCAGCGCGUUGCGCCUGGCCGCGGGGGGGCGCGCAAGCCCAGCAGCAGCGCGUCCUGGUUUCCCUCGGGCCGCACUGCGCUUGGCCGCGCAAGAGCGCGCUGGCCGCCGUGGCUGCCCCCGCUGUAGCAGCGCCCGCAGCCCUCGCUCCUGCUCCUGCCGAGGCUCCCGCAGUGUUGGGCCCGCGGUGCUCGUGGCCGCGCGCCACGUCCGCCGCUUCCGCCGUCACUGCUCCUUCCGCCACUUCCGCAGCCGUCUCCGCCGCUCUCCCGCACCUCGACCUCGCUGUGGGUCCUCGGUGCAGCUGGCCGCGCAAGGGCUCCGCCUCCGCCGUUUCCGCCGUGCCCUCGGCGCCCGCGGCUGCCGUUGCGGAACCCGCCGCACCCGCGGGUCCACGGUGCGCGUGGCCGCGCGCUGUCCCCACCGUGACCCCCGUGGUUAUCGCUCCUGAGGUGGUGCAAGAAUCGGAUGAGCUGGCGCGGCAAAUGCAGUCGGCUGUGCGCACGGCAGCAGCAGUAGCAGCAGUGGAGGCGUCUGAUGGCCCCAGGUGCAUGUGGCCCCGGGGAUCGCUGCUGUCAAAUGCGCUGCUGGGAGGCCCGGCAGGAACUGGCAAGGGCAUGAUGAGCGUCGGGGUGGAGCUGCCUGCUGCCGCUCCUGCUCCUGCUGCUGCUCCUGCUCCUGCUCCUGCUGUUCUUCCCGCGGGGCCGAGAUGCGAGUGGCCAAGGAAAGGAGCUGUUGCUGCUGCAGCAGCAGCUUUUGAUGUUGCACCCGCUGCUGUUGUGGAAGUGGAGGUGGUUGAAACCCCCAUGGGCCCUCGCUGCCCCUGGCCGAGAAAUGCUGCCCCUGCGCUCACUCCUGCUCCUGAAGCACCUGUGACACGGCGACCGCUCAGUACCGUCAGCUCAAGCGUCAGCAGCGCCAGCAGCGGCAAGGCAAGCAGCCUUGAUCAGUACAUGAGGCAGAGGAAGCGCGAGCCAGUGGCUGCUGCUAUGAGUGCAGAUGGUGGUGAUGUGAACAGCCUGGCCAUGCCCCUGCAGUUCUUCAUGGACUCGCACCAGGCCCACCACCAGUCUUCGGCCGGCAGGAGCAGUGUGGAGAUGUGAAGAAGCCCAUAACGAGUCACCAUCCACAUAACCAUGGUUUUUUCUUUAACAUUGGGACCCAUGAGGAUGCUUUCGUCGAAGGCGCUAGCAGUUCCUCCCUGGUUCCGUUAUUCUUGCACAAAAGGUGCUUGAGUGCUAGUGUCCAUCUGGCCGUGUGCCUGGCAGCGGAAUGGGGGCCUUAUGCCUUCAUUCAGAUUUGCCAGGCUACACAACGGCCACCACGUACAUAAUUCAGAUUUGCCUCGGCAUCCUCUGUAUUGUUCUGGCAGGGCCCUGCUGGUCAGGGGCUUGUCAUUCUGUAUACCCCCCUUGUUUGAAGGGUGGGAUUUUAUCUGGUGUGCGUGGGCUUUGCAUGUGCAGUUGUGCUUUUCACAUGAAUGUUACUAGUUUCUGUAAAAGGUUUGGCAAAACUUUCCAUAUUACCG